ACGCCAAGGGACAGGCGCUCGAAUCUAUCGAGCCAAGCGUGGCGCAGCUGAAAGAGAGUCCAAUCCGGUCCACGUAAUGGAGCAACGCGGUCUCUGUGGCGCUCGGAAGCGCGCUGAGGCCAUGUGAGAGGAUACGGGGACCGGGGAGAAGAGGAGGGAGGGAGCUUGAGACUGACUUUGGCACCAACGCCAAAAACCAAUCUACUACGAGUGGCUUUGGGCACUUCUCCUCACUAUCCGAGGCCGUUGUCUUUUCCCUUUUGUAUUCCUUCACAUCCACUUUCUCUCUUUCACUCUUCCAUUCACAUCUUCACUUCUUCAUUAUUUCUCUUGGCGAUCGCUAAUUCUUUCGCCCAUAUAUCUCGAUAGCUUUGCGCGCGAUACCCCAAAUCUACUACCUCCUUUUCUGUCGCAAACAAUCACACCAUGGCUUUUAAGCAAGAAGAACCUCCCGCCUACGGUCCUCCCCCAGGUGCCCCUCAGCCUACAUACGGCGGCUACCAACAAGACCCAUACGGCCAGCAGCAAGGUCAAUUCCAACAGGGCGGCCAGCAGCAAGGCUACUAUCAACAAGGUCCUCCUCAGAUGGGCUACUACAACCAGCAACAAGGUCCCUUUCCCGCUGGUCAGGGUCCCUAUCCUCCUCAACAAGGCCCCUACGGACAGCCUCCCCCUCAGGGCUACUAUCCCCAAGAUGAUCAGAGAGGAGGCGGUGGUGCUGGUGGCGGUAUCAUGACUGGUCUUCUCGCUGGUCUGGCGUGCUGCUGCUGUCUGGACUGCCUCUUCUAAAUGCCGAUUCACUGCGACUCGAUACCACCGCCAAUAGCGGACAUGCAGACAAAUGGAGGGAUCGGAAGCGCAGCGUGGCGCAUCAGCAAAUGGAAAUGGUUUCCUGUUUCACGGCGUUGGGGAUCAUUUGACUAUAGAGCUCUGAUUCUAUGUUAUGUGUUUCUUUGUUUUCUUGAUAAAGUACGACUUAUAAUUUCAUAAUAUUCAGUCUCAAUACGUAUAUUUGUCCCUAGGUGUGAAUGCCAAGCCAAAACUGAUAUGAUACUAUACUGCGGCAAAGGCUGUCUCAAACUCGGACCUAACCUUUGCGACACAAUCAUUUGUGUAAAUCAUCUUUUGUACAUCCGGCGAUGUCCACUUAUCAGGAACCGAACCACUCGUCUUGUGCUCCUUGAACAUCCUAUCUCUCUCCUCCUUUGCUUUUCCUUCGCCCAGAUGCAGUGUUCGACCAGACAGAUAUGCCAUUUCGACCAGAUUCGAGGUCCAUUCC